GUAAUAAUGAACAUUAAAAGUAAAAAAAUAAAAAUUAAAAAUUAAACUAGUCAUUCAUUUCGAAGGGUCUAAAUUUUUUCCUCCACAAAAAGAGUAUGAUAUGGUGAGCCAAAUUAUAGCACAUAUAAUUGUGGGAUGGAGGAGGGCAGGUGAAUUCCAUCUAUAUAUACAAAGCAUAAAACGCGAGUUUGCUCUGUUUUCCCCUGUUUCUGCUUUCUUCCACAAUUCAACAAAAUCACCAUAAUGAGAACCUCAAUUCUUUUGUUCCUCCUUCUUGCACUAGCAGUAACCUCCCAAGCAACAUGCACCAAUGAUAAGAACCCAUCAAUCCGCAGCCUAACCGACAAAACCUACUCAUAUGGAGAAGAAAUCGCAACUCCAAUCCAUCUCCUCCGGCCAAAAUCCGGGUUAGCCGGCCGGAAAGUCCCGCAAACCGACUGCCUGAGCUGGCGUCUGGCGGUGGAAACCAACAACAUUCGUGACUGGCAUUUGGUGCCCAUGUCUUGUGAACAGUACGUCGGACAUUACAUUUUGGGGAAGCAGUACAAGGACGACUGUGAUGCCGUGGCCGACGCUGCGAUUGAGUAUGCUAAGAGCAUCAAACUUGGUGGAAAAGGCAAGGAAAUUUGGGUGUUUGAUAUUGAUGAAACCACACUCUCUAAUCUGCCUUACUACGCUAGAUCUGACGUCCAAUUUGGGGCACUGCCAUAUAAUGAUACAAAGUUUAAUGAGUGGGUGGCAACAGGAAAAGCACCAGCCAUUCCGGCAAUUCUUCGUUUAUACAAAACUCUGUUAACUCUUGGUAUCAAACCGGUCUUCUUGUCAGGGACUAAAGAGGUUUAUCAACAAGUCAGGGUUGACAAUCUACACAAAGUCGGUUAUUACAAUUGGGAGAAGCUCAUCCUCAAGUAAUUCUCACUAAAACCCUUUUCAAUUUCUCUUUUUUUUUUCCCCUUUAAACUAUUUUUAGUUUUACCGAUUUAUGAAAGGGCAAAUUAUCGAUGAAGCACUAGAUUGAUAAGUAAUAACCAAAUUAACAAAGGGAAGGUAAUUGAGACUAUUUGUGUGAAAAAAUGUUGGCUUUAAUUGUAGGGGGAAAAAUGAGAAAGGUUCUGCCGUGGAAUACAAAUCAAGCAAGAGGACAGAGCUAGUGGAGGCAGGGUACAUAAUUGUUGGUAACAUUGGAGAUCAAUGGAGUGAUUUGCUGGGGACCAAUGUUGGGGCUCGAACUUUCAAAGUACCUGACCCUUUGUAUUUCAUUGGUUGAUGAAUUUGGAAAUUUAUUAAGUUUCUCUUUCUGAUCGCCAUUCUAUAUUUAUCAAUAAGGCCGUGGUGAUUAUGUACUAGUAACUACUUUCUUUAGCUGAGAUGCUGAAUAAAGUGUUUUAAGUUGUGGUUAGUGGCAUCAUGGUUGACUUGCGACAGUAAUAUUUUUGAAAAAUCACUGACAAAAUGUCAUACUAAUUCCAUAACUUCGAUUCAUAUUUGAGGAAGAGCCAAUAUUAACUCUUCAAUAGCCCAUUAGAUGCUCACUAAUUAAACUCCGCUGCAUAACAAGAGCUCCGUCGACCGGAAUUCAUUGCCAGUCACAUCGAUUGGAACCAGCUUUCAGUAUCCAUGAACAAUGGGAAUUUUGAAAUUAACUUUGAAAAUAAAAUGUUAAUUUCACACUAAUUUGUAAGGUGCAACAACUUCGUUAUUUAUGUAUAGAAGGCAGUGUGGGCUAGUUUGAAAUCCAUGUAUAUAGCCAGAGUUGGCAAUUCGAAUUAACUUUAUCACCAA